CAAAUGUAAGGUGACAUUUUAGUUUUUGGCAAUUUCUUUCAACUUCUCUGUGUCUACCUCCUUUCCACUGUUUAGGCCGAUUUUGAUAGUGUAAACUCUCCAUUCUUCUGAUGCUCUACCCGUUUUCUCUGAUGAAAGAGGAAACCAAUCAUCACCCUUCGACUUAUAUCAUCAUCUGGAAAGAAUAUGAGCAGCAAGACUCCAGAGAAAAUUACAAUCAACAAAUCCUCCCACUUCUGGUGGCAUGAUUUGUUCCUUGUUAAACUCCCCUUGGCUGAGUAAGUCCUGUGGAAUACGCCGAGAACUUGACCUCUGGCCUAAUGGGCAUUGGUGGAUUGAUGCAAACAAUGUGGAUUUGCUGUACCGUUCAAUGAAGAAGAUUCUGAUUGUUUCUUUCCAACUUUCUUAUAAGAAUGGCAACUUUAGUACUAAAGUUCAAUUUUUCGAGGAUUGAUGAUUGAAGAUAGAUUGAUUUGAAGUAGGACAAUGGUCAAAAUCAAAGUUCCAAACUCCUUCCUUCUUUCAUGGAUUUACAUGGUCUUUAUUUACUGCGAAGCCCACUUCUACAUUCCGUCUGUACUUUAUUUGGGCCUCAUUUUCCCAGAUGGUUUAUAUAAAUUCUCAACUUUUAUUAGUAUUUCUUUCUAACUGCAAAUUACGCUUUUAUUAUAUCUCUGUAAUUCCCUUGAUUUUCGGGUUUCCUUCCUUCCUUCCCGAGUAAGUUUUUCCUCUGAAAAUAUCUAGGGUUCAAUUUUUUUGGGGCGAUCCCGAUUUUUCUUUCAUGAUUCAAUCCUGCAUUGGUACAGUUUGACAUUUGAAUUCUCCUCGCGAUUUCCUUUACAAGGUUUUUAUUUUUGUAUACUUCCGCUGUUCUGCUCGGGCCAUGCUGUGUUAUAGCCUACGUCUUUGCCACAGUAGCUCUGUUUUUUUCUUUUCUGGGUUUUCUUACGUGGUUUUCAUUGUUCGUUAUUCUCUUUCUCGAUUCCCUGCUUAAGGCCAUGUUUUGAUUUGAUCGCUGUUUCAGGGUGUGAAGAAGUGGCAGCUUUUUUUUGUUCGUGUGAGCAGUGAAGGUUUGAAUUCCAGGCGAUCAAAAUGGGGGUUUUGUCGGCUUCCAUCAUCACCAAAUCAGGCAAACCGCUUGUGUCAAGGCAAUAUGUUCAUAUGCCACGCAGUAGAAUUGAAGGGCUUCUUGCAGCAUUCCCCAAAUUGGUUGGAACUGGGAAACAGCACACGUUUUUUGAGACAGAAAAUGUCCGUUAUGUCUACCAGCCAAUUGAAUCUCUAUAUUUGCUGCUUGUGACAAAUAAGCAGAGCAACAUUCUUGAAGACCUGGAGACACUGAGGCUGCUCUCUAAGCUUGUAUCCUUGCUUUUGGAAUUUCUAUUCUUAAAUCUUAAUGUCAUUUCCCAUCUGCCUUUCUGUUUGCCUCCGAAUCAAAUUAAAUGCUAGAAGUGAAAAGCAGUGGUUAAUGUUAUUUUUCUUGUUCUCAAUGGGGGAUUUUUAUUCUUUUUUACAUUGUGUUUCAAGAUUGCAUUAAAUGAGGUAAAUGAUGCAUAUUUUGUCAACCUUCAUGCUUUCAUAAUUUAUCAGUUAGAAAGAGCAGAAAACAUUAGAAUACACAGGUCCUUAACUAUUUUUAGGUCCCUGAAUAUUCUUAUUCCUUGGACGAAGGAGGAAUCAUGACGGCAUUUGAGCUUAUUUUUGCCUUUGAUGAGGCAAUCUCUCUUGGGCACAAGGAAAAUGUUACUGUUGCUCAGGUGAAGCAGUAUUGUGAGAUGGAUAGUCUUGAGGAACAAUUGCACAAGAUGAAUAAAGAGACCAAGGUCCUAACUGCCAUUGAUUUUAUGAAGAAGAAAUCUGCUGAAAUUGAUAAAAGCAAGAUUGAAAAGACUAGAAUUGGUGGCUUUGUGCCAUCUUCUGGGUUUGGAAGUAGUGAUUCAAGUAUCUCUGGUGGCGGUGGUGGUUACAUAAACCCUGGCUUUGGAAUAAGCUCUGAUGUUGACUCCUUUUCUACCGAGCCAAAAGGAGCGAGUCGCCCAUCUGCCUUAGCUACAGCUUCACUUAAGGGCUCUGGCAUGAAGUUAGGAAAAUCUCAAAGGAGUAAUCAGUUUUUGGAAUCUCUUAAAGCUGAGGGUGAAAAUAUUGUUGAGGAUGUCACACCACCUGUUGGCCUGUCCAGACCUGCUGCUGCACCACCGACUGAUCCAAUAACAUUUAUCAUUGAAGAAAAACUGAAUGCAACACUGAAAAAGGAUGGUGGUAUCAGCAGCUUUGAUGUUCAGGGUACCUUGUCUCUUCAACUCCUAAACGAAGAUGAUGGACAAAUCCAAGUGGAGGUUGAAACGAAUCCAUCGGUUGCUUUCAAGACACACCCUAAUAUUAACAAGGAGUUGUUUAACAAAGAAAAUAUUCUCGCGCCAAAGGAUGCGAGCAGGGCGUUUCCUGUAAAUCAACCGGGUAACGGCCUCGCUCUCUUGAAGUGGAGAAAUCAAAGUUCAGAUGAGUCCUUGGUGCCUUUGACAAUAAACUGCUGGCCUUCUGUUUCCGGGAAUGAGACCUAUGUGAAUAUUGAAUAUGAAGCUUUUUCACAGUUUGAUCUUCAAAACGUUGUGAUCUCUGUGCCACUUCCUACUCUAAGGGAUGGUCAGGGUCCUAGUGUCAGACAGAUUGAUGGAGAAUCGAGGUAUGAUUCAAGAAAUUAUGUUUUGGAGUGGUCUAUCGAUCACAUUGACAACACGAACCGCAGUGGCUGUUUGGAGUUUGUGGUUCCUCGAGCUGAUCCAGCAGUUUUCUUCCCAAUGUCUGUGCAUUUUACUGCUACCAACACAUUUGGAGGCCUAAAGGUUGUCAAUAUUUUGCCACAGAGAGGUGGAUUGGCUCCUAAAUAUUCCCAGAAAACCAUUCUAUCGACUGAUAAUUAUCAAGUGGUUUAA